CAUAUAUGCCACCUUUAAUUCUUUCAGAUGCAACUGCAAUGGUUACUUCUCGUUGUCACGGCACUGCUGGCGCCGCUAACAUGUUCGAGUUACAGAAUUUUGUUUAUGGGACCAUUCCCCGCUCCCAGCCAUUGGAUGUGGACGGAACAUUUUUUGAAAGAUUUGCUGCGGCGCGGACACCAAGUCACUACGCUGACCAAUCAUCCCGCCAAGCAAACACAUCCAAACUUAACGGAUAUCAUUAUCGAUCCCAAGCUGAAUAUUGCCGAACACCGUCCACGUGAGAAUAUUUUUAAAAUGCAAUUUACAAGUGAUUUCGAAAACUUGCAAAUGUAUUGGCAUGUCGGUUUGCUUAGUUCGAAACAUGCGCUCAACAAUCCAAAAGUAAAAUCGCUGAUCGCCAGCAAGCAUUUGGAAUUCGAUCUGAUUGUGUUGGAACAAUUCUAUCACGAGAGUUUCCUAAUGUUUGCGCAUAAGUUCAAGUGUCCCGCUGUUACAUUGGGCACCAUGGGUUAUGCGGAUAAUAUGGAUCACUCUAUGGGUCUGCUAACACCAUGGGCUAUCGUGCCACAUUUGCUGGUCUCCUACACGGAUCAAAUGUCAUUUCUGCAACGUGCAUAUAACGCAUAUUUGUCGCUGUACGAUGCUGCAUUGAGACGCUGGUAUUAUCUGCCACAAAUGCAAGAGAUGGCUGAGCGGCACUUCAGCGGCCACAUCGAUGGUCCACUGCCGCAUGUCAGCACGUUGGAGAAAAAUAUUUCGCUAAUGUUGAUCAACAGUCAUCGCAGCACGGAUGUGCCACGCCCCAGCAUGCCUGGUCUAAUCGAUGUGGCUGGUGUGCAUAUCAAGCCAGCCAAGCCUUUGCCCGAUGAUCUACAGAACUUCUUAGAUAACUCGACGCACGGUGUGAUCUACUUCAGCGUCGGCUCCUACAUGAAGAGCACAGAUAUGCCGCUGGAAAAGGUCAAUGUCAUACUGAAUGCCUUUAGCCAACUCAAGCAGAAUGUGUUGUGGAAAUUCGAAAAUUCGUCAAUUGGUCAUCUGCCGCCGAAUGUGAAAAUCCAAAGUUGGUUACCUCAAAACGACAUUCUCGCUCAUCCGAAUGUGAAAGUCUUUAUUACACACGGUGGCAUUUUCGGCACUCAGGAGGCCAUUCAUUGGGGCGUACCAAUGCUGUACAUACCCUUCUAUGGGGACCAACAUCGCAACUCAAUGCGUUCGGUGCAGGCCGGCUAUGCGCAUUUCGGCAAAAUGACCAGUGAAGAUCUGGUACAUAAUCUCAGAUUGCUUAUCAACGAUCCCACCUAUAAGCAGAAAGCAACGGAUAUGUCUAGAAGGUUCCGUGACAAUCUUGUCGAUCCACUGGACGAAGCCUCCUUCUGGAUCGAGUACGUGGCCGGACACAAAGGCGGGUCACAUUUGAAAUCACAUGGCGCUUUUAUGCCGCUCUAUCAGUAUUUGUUGUUGGAUGUAUUUGGUUGCGCGCUUGUGCUAUUCUUCUUGGCUUUGUGGAUACCAUUGCGCUUGAGCCAAUUGAAAACUUCAUCUUUUGAGAUGUUGAAAAAAUUGAUGUGCUUUAGCAAAGAUGGCACGCAACGCACAAAAGCGAUACAAAUGGAUCUGAAAGCUAGCAAUAAAUACCGUUAUGCGGGAUAAUACACAUCACCGCCGUCACUUACAUAAGGCUAUGUCGAGUUAAUUUAUACAAACAUGCAUUAAGUGUUAAGCAUACGCAUUUAAGUAUUUGAUCACUUACAUAUUGUAGUAAUCGAUACAAUUUUAAAUCGUAGUGCAUUAAUUUCUCUUAGUGUAAGAAAUGGUUAUUUUGUUGUGGCGCUACCAGUGAAAUGUAUGUAUGUACAUACACAAAUCUGUGACAGCAGACUUCUAGGAUAGCGCAGUAAAAUACUUAGUAAUUACGCACGACUAUAAUAAAAUUUGAUGUGUUUUAAAUAUUUA